ACGCAAGUGUGAGGUGAGGUGUACUAUAAAGUAAGAAAAGGGAAGAGUGGGUUCUAAAUUAAAACCAAAUCACAGAGAGUGGUUGCAUUGCGUGGAAGGGUUAUGUGGAAUGUAAUAAUGGAGAGGGAGGUUGAAUGAGCUGCUGCUGCUGUUGAGUAAUGAGGCCAGGAAGAGGGAGACACUCCCACCCCCCACCCGCCACCCGGCAGCAUUUGAUUUGUAUACGUAUCCCCUGUGUCUCUCUCUGAAACAUGGAUCCUUUCUUGAAUGAAUGAAGGUGAAGGUGACCUGCACCAACUACCUACUAUCGGCUGCGCUGGGUGACACCUGCCUGACUGACUGACUGACUGACUGACUGACCCCACUACUGCCUCUCUCUCUCUCUCUCUCUCUCUCUCUCUCCCUUCAUUUAUUUAUCCUCCCCGCUCUCCUCAUCUCACAUCGUCCUUAACAUCACUCCAUUCCAAUCCAUAACUAAAUAAAACGUCCAUCAUCUCUCUCUCCAUCUAUCCAUAUGGUGAUCACAGCCACAGGCUCAACAGUCUCCGGCGGUGGUGAUGAUGGCCUCAUUCACUUGCCAUUUGCUUCCAGAUAUGCCCGAGCUUCUCUCCCCAGGUUCAGGAUCCCCGAUGCGUCGACGCCCAAGGAGGCAGCCUACCAGAUUGUGAAGGACGAGCUGAUGCUGGAUGGCAACCCCCGCCUCAACCUCGCCUCCUUCGUCACCACCUGGAUGGAGCCCGAGUGCGACAGCCUCGUCAUGGACUCCAUCAACAAGAACUACGUCGACAUGGACGAGUACCCCGCCACCACCCAGCUCCAGAACAGGUGCGUCAAUAUGAUCGCCCAUCUCUUCAACGCCCCCAUCGGCGACACCGACACCGCCGUAGGCACAUCCACCGUCGGAUCCUCAGAAGCCAUAAUGCUUGCCGGCCUUGCCUUCAAGAGGAAGUGGCAGACCAGGAGGAAGGCACAGGGCAAGCCCUUACAUAAUCCUAACAUUGUCACCGGGGCCAAUGUCCAGGUGUGCUGGGAGAAAUUUGCGAGGUACUUUGAAGUUGAGCUGAAGGAGGUGAAGCUGACGGAGGGGUACUACGUGAUGGAUCCAGUCAAGGCAGUGGAGCUGGUCGACGAGAACACCAUAUGCGUCGCAGCCAUUCUAGGGUCCACCCUCACAGGGGAGUUUGAGGACGUGAAGCUUCUCAACAAACUGCUGGCAGAGAAAAACAAGGAGACCGGGUGGGAUACGCCGAUCCAUGUGGACGCUGCAAGUGGAGGAUUCAUCGCACCCUUCCUCUACCCCAAGCUCGAAUGGGAUUUUCGUCUUCCACUGGUGAAAAGCAUCAACGUCAGUGGACACAAGUAUGGGCUGGUUUAUGCUGGCGUCGGAUGGGUGGUGUGGAGGACGAAGCAAGACUUGCCGGAGGAACUUGUCUUCCAUAUUAACUACCUUGGAUCUGACCAACCAACCUUCACCCUCAACUUCUCUAAAGGGUCAUCCCAGAUCAUUGCUCAGUAUUAUCAGUUCAUAAGACUUGGCUUUGAGGGCUACAAAAGCAUCAUGGAGAACUGCAGGGAAAAUGCAAAGCAGCUCAAGGAAGUGUUAGCCAGGACGGGGAGGUUCGAAAUCGUGUCCAAAGAUGUGGGAGUUCCCUUGGUUGCAUUUUCACUCAGGGAUAGGUCGUCCAGAUUCACGGUCUUCCAGAUAUCCCAUCAUCUCAGGAGGUUCGGAUGGAUUGUCCCGGCGUACACCAUGCCUGCAGAUGCCCAGCACGUGGCUGUUCUGCGCGUUGUGAUCCGUGAAGACUUCAGCCGCAGCCUCGCCGAGCGGCUGGCCAGCGAUAUCCAAAAGGUUAUCGACGAGUUAGAGGAAGCUGCUGCUGCUGGCAAUGGCAGACAUACUACCAUCUCUGCUGCUGCUGCUGCUAAACAUACUGAGCUUCAGGAGGAGGUUUGUGGCCACUGGAAGAAGCUAUUGGACAAGGCCAGGGGUAUCUGCUAAAUUUGCCCUGCCCUCACCCUGCCUGCCUGCCUGUUCAUGUGAAGAAGAAGUGAUGGAUUAUCAUAAAUGCUUGCUAUCGUAUGGAGUCUGUAUUAAUAUAAGGUAAUUGUGAUCAUUUGAAAAGCCAGGAAAGGUGUUGACUAUGGACUAUGGACUAUGGACUAUGGAAUGUAUUUGUAGUUUGUACAGCUUUUAACUAUUUUAUGGGAUGUUGGGCCCAACAUCCGGCCCAUUAUAAAGCUUUAUUUUAGAGCGUGUGAGCCCAGUUAGAAGAUGGCCCAUCCCAAAACAAUUCCCGCCAUAUCUAGUCUCAGACUCCCUCCUCAAACAGCCAUUUCCCCCACGACAUCGUUGCUUCGGUUACAAUGUAUCAAAACGACAGAGGCAUCUCAAUCCAGUGGAAGGGAGAGCCAUUGCAUCUCUAACGGAGACGGACUAUCCGCAUGUGCUUAUGAUACAUUUUUCAGUAGUUUACACCAGUUUCAUGAAUUAUCUCAAGUGAUCGUUUUUGCCUUGCUGGACGUCGAGCUCCUCGGAAGUUCAAUUAUCAGAUAGGUGAGUUGUAUUAGUCUUACUGCUUUUAAGAGAAAAAUAUAUGGUGUAGCUUUGCAUUGCCUGACAAUGUCAUGCUGAUAAAAUCGAUGAUCUCCUCUUUUUCACUGGCUGUUGUCAUGAUAUGAUACUUGAAGUUU